AUGGGAGGAGACCAACCACCUUUGUUGACAGAGGGGAUGGAUUACUUGAAGUGGAAACGUGAAGUCGGCAUCUGGGAGUUGGGAACUUCAAUAGCAGCUGCUAAGCAGGCAGCGGUGUGUGUCUUGAGGAUCCAGGAUUUCAAGGCAAGAGAUUUUGCAACACGCUUAGAUGUGACAGAGCUCAAGAAGACUGAAGGUUUGAAGUACUUGAUGGCAGAGCUUGAUAAGUAUUUUAAAGAGGAUAAUACUCAGAGUAUAUUUCUAGGUAUUGAAGAUCUAGAAAAGUUUGUUAGACCGGAACAAAUGAAAAUGGCAGAAUAUAUCGCUGAGUUCAAGAGACGAUUGAACCGGAUCGGAGAGUUGUUUAAUGACACGAAAGAUAUUUAUCAUGAUGGGAUGUUGGCAUACAGGUUGUUAACUCAGGCCAACCUGACCAAAGAUCAACAGAUAUUGAUCAAAGCUGCAAUGGGGACUCAAGAGUUGACAAGUAAAGCAAUUGAGGAAUGUUUGAAGAGGUGUUUCGGUGACGCUGUAUUUUGUCGUAGAUCCAGAAUGGAGUUAGACACAGUAAAGAUUAAGGUAGAACCUGGAUCGGAUGUGAAUUACCAUAGGGCUGUCAGAGACCGGGACACCUGGUCAGGGACUGCUUGGAUCCCUACCGACAGCCCCCACCCACCCUGCCAACCAACCCCAAGCAGCUCCCCACCACCCUGCCAACCAACCCCCCAGCAGCUCCCCACCACCCUGCCAACCAACCCCCCAGCAGCUCCCCACCACCCUGCCAACCAACCCCCCAGCAGCUCCCCACCACCCUGCCAACCAACCCCCCAGCAGCUCCCCACCACCCUGCCAACCAACCCCCCAGCAGCUCCCCACCACCCUGCCAACCAACCCCCCAGCAGCUCCCCACCACCCUGCCAACCAACCCCCCAGCAGCUCCCCACCACCCUGCCAACCAACCCCCCAGCAGCUCCCCACCACCCUGCCAACCAACCCCCCAGCAGCUCCCCACCACCCUGCCAACCAACCCCCCAGCAGCUCCCCACCACCCUGCCAACCAACCCCCCAGCAGCUCCCCACCAGCCCUGCCAACCCACCCCCCAGCAGCUCCCCACCACCCUGCCAACCAACCCCCCAGCAGCUCCCCACCAGCCUCCUACCCACCCCCCAGCAGCUCCCCACCAGCCUCUACCCAUCCCCAGCAGCUCCCCACCAGCCUCUACCACCCCCCAGCAGCUCCCCACCAGCCUCCUACCCCACCCCCCAGCAGCUCCCCACCAGCCUCCUACCCACCCCCCAGCAGCUCCCCACCAGCCUCCUACCCACCCCCCAGCAGCUCCCCACCAGCCUCCUACCCACCCCCCAGCAGGCUCCCCACCAGCCUCCAACCCACCCCCCAGCAGCUCCCCACCACCCUGCCAACCCACCCCCCAGCAGCUCCCCACCACCCUGCCAACCAACCCCCCAGCAGCUCCCCACCACCCUGCCAACCAACCCCCCAGCAGCUCCCCACCACCCUGCCAACCAACCCCCCAGCAGCUCCCCACCACCCUGCCAACCAACCCCCCAGCAGCUCCCCACCACCCUGCCAACCAACCCCCCAGCAGCUCCCCACCACCCUGCCAACCAACCCCCCAGCAGCUCCCCACCACCCUGCCAACCAACCCCCCAGCAGCUCCCCACCAGCCUCCAACCAACCCCCCAGCAGCUCCCCACCACCCUGCCAACCAACCCCCCAGCAGCUCCCCACCAGCCUCCUACCCACCCCCCAGCAGCUCCCCACCAGCCUCCUACCCACCCCCCAGCAGCUCCCCACCAGCCUCCUACCCACCCCCCAGCAGCUCCCCACCAGCCUCCUACCCACCCCCCAGCAGCUCCCCACCAGCCUCCUACCCACCCCCCAGCAGCUCCCCACCAGCCUCCUACCCACCCCCCAGCAGCUCCCCACCAGCCUCCAACCCACCCACCACCGGCCCCCCACCAGCCUCCAACCCACCCCCCAGCAGCUCCCCACCACCCUGCCAACCAACCCCCCAGCAGCUCCCCACCAGCCUGCCAACCAACCCCCCAGCAGCUCCCCACCAGCCCUCCAACCCACCCCCCAGCAGCUCCCCACCAGCCCUCCUACCAACCCCCCAGCAGCUCCCCACCAGCCUCCUACCCACCCCCCAGCAGCUCCCCACCAGCCUGCCAACCAACCCCCCAGCAGCUCCCCACCACCCUGCCAACCAACCCCCCAGCAGCUCCCCACCAGCCUCCAACCCACCCCCCAGCAGCUCCCCACCACCCUGCCAACCAACCCCCCAGCAGCUCCCCACCAGCCCUGCCAACCCACCCCCCAGCAGCUCCCCACCAGCCUCCUACCCACCCCCCAGCAGCUCCCCACCAGCCUCCUACCCACCCCCCAGCAGCUCCCCACCAGCCUCCUACCCACCCCCCAGCAGCUCCCCACCAGCCUCCUACCCACCCCCCAGCAGCUCCCCACCAGCCUCCUACCCACCCCCCAGCAGCUCCCCACCAGCCUCCUACCCACCCCCCAGCAGCUCCCCACCAGCCUCCUACCCACCCACCACCGGCCCCCCACCAGCCUCCAACCCACCCCCCAGCAGCUCCCCACCACCCUGCCAACCAACCCCCCACAGCUCCCCACCAGCCUCCUACCCACCCCCCAGCAGCUCCCCACCAGCCUCCUACCCACCCCCCAGCAGCUCCCCACCACCCUGCCAACCAACCCCCCAGCAGCUCCCCACCACCCUGCCAACCCACCCCCCACAGCUCCCCACCCACCCUGCCAACCCACCCCCCAGCAGCUCCCCACCAGCCUCCUACCCACCCCCCAGCAGCUCCCCACCAGCCUCCUACCCACCCCCCAGCAGCUCCCCACCAGCCUCCUACCCACCCCCCAGCAGCUCCCCACCAGCCUCCUACCCACCCCCCAGCAGCUCCCCACCAGCCUCCUACCCACCCCCCAGCAGCUCCCCACCAGCCUCCUACCCACCCCCCAGCAGCUCCCCACCAGCCUCCAACCCACCCCCCAGCAGCUCCCCACCAGCCCUGCCAACCAACCCCCCAGCAGCUCCCCACCAGCCUCCUACCCACCCCCCAGCAGCUCCCCACCAGCCUCCUACCCACCCCCCAGCAGCUCCCCACCAGCCUCCUACCCACCCCCCAGCAGCUCCCCACCACCCUGCCAACCAACCCCCCAGCAGCUCCCCACCACCCUGCCUACCCACCCCCCAGCAGCUCCCCACCACCCUGCCAACCAACCCCCCAGCAGCUCCCCACCACCCUGCCAACCAACCCCCCAGCAGCUCCCCACCACCCUGCCAACCAACCCCCCAGCAGCUCCCCACCAGCCCUGCCAACCACCCCAGCAGCUCCCCACCAGCCUCCUACCCACCCCCCAGCAGCUCCCCACCAGCCUCCUACCCACCCCCCAGCAGCUCCCCACCAGCCUCCUACCCACCCCCCAGCAGCUCCCCACCACCCUGCCAACCAACCCCCCAGCAGCUCCCCACCACCCUGCCAACCAACCCCCAGCAGCUCCCCACCAGCCUCCUACCCACCCCCCAGCAGCUCCCCACCAGCCUCCUACCCACCCCCCAGCAGCUCCCACCACCCUGCCAACCAACCCCCAGCAGCUCCCCACCACCCUGCCAACCAACCCCCCAGCAGCUCCCCACCACCCUGCCAACCAACCCCCCAGCAGCUCCCCACCAGCCUCCUACAACCCCCCAGCAGCUCCCCACCAGCCUCCUACCCACCCCCCAGCAGCUCCCCACCAGCCUCCAACCCACCACCACCGCCCCCACCAGCCUCAACCCCCCACCAACACCACCUGGCACAGCCCACAGGCCACAGGGCACUAGUGAGAGUAGUGACUAG